AUGUUUGCCGGGAAUAAGCGACAGUCGUCAAACGUCAGAGUUAUGCAACUGUUCCAUGAACUCAAACAGCAAUUCCCGACCAUUCCCGACCACGUCGUCACCUCCUGCAUAACCACCUACAUCCAAUCGAACCACCAAGAGACCACCAUCGCCGACAUACUGGCGAAGGCGCUGGCCGACGGCGCUCCGGCCCCGACGGGACGCCCCGCCAAGCAGCCGGAGCCGCCGCGAUCGGUCGCCAAGCGCCCCGACCGGCUCGACAUCCGGCCCCAACCGAUCGCCGACGACCGCCUCGCGUCGGACAAGCGCAAAGACGUUCGCGCGUGGCUCAACGACGAAUUGAGCGAGAAACCGCCGCGGUCGCCGUCGACCGCGAAACGGCUCCCGCUCAAACCGGCGCCCGUCGCCAAACCGGACGCCAGCAAGCGGGAGACCUGCUCGACGCCCACCCAAACCACGGACACUCUAAUGGCGGCGGACCGGCCGCUGUCCGGGCUCCACGUCAACGUGAACUGCUCGGUGGACGUGGUGCGGAACCGCAUGGCGCCCACCAUCGAGUUCACGCAACCGUGGACGCGGCGCAGCCCGGAGCCGAGGGGCAUCACCAGCGUGAAUUUGACGGUGCGGUCGCCGACGGCGGGCGGGGCGCCGCGCGUGCCGGCGCAGAGCCGGCUGCAGAUCACGCUGGAGCCGGCGAGGCGCGGCGCGCGCCCCCGGCCGAGCAGCUACCACCAGGAGGAGCCGCCGAGGGAGCUGGGGCCGGCGAGGGCGGGCUCGCUCAACGAUUUGGACGUUCGCUGCGCACCGCCCGUAAUCCUGAAACAGAAGGCUCGAAUAGAAAGAUUGAGGGCGGAAUUGAACGCCGAAACGGCCAGACUGGCGGCGAUAAAGCGGGAAAUCGAAGAAUUGGAGAGGAGCAGACGGGAAUACGAGAAUGUCGUCGACACGGAGAAGAAACUAAUCAAGGACAUUAAACAUUUACGUUAUCAAUGUAAAAUACUGGAAAUUGAUAGCGAUGCAUUUUACAACAACAUUUACACCGGUCAAACGAUCAACGAGUUCCCGACGCCGCCGGCGCGUCUGCGCCGCCAAAGCCGCGUCCACCAAACGGACGACGGUCCGAAAUGGAACUGUCACGUAUGCACAUUCCUGAACCAUCCGAUACUGGACAAAUGUGAGCAGUGCGAUUUCCCCAGGAUAUUACACGUUUCAGCUUCACCUGGGGAUAAUAUUCACAUACAUGUUAGGCCGAGAAUGCCAAGACGAAUUACGCAUUCAUGGGUAUUGUAA